CAUGCUUCGCUCGCCAAACGGCGGUAAUACAAAACCAAACAAGUAAACUAAAAGCUCAACAAAGAAAUCCCUUCACAACUAGAUCACUCGUGCAGUUGUUCUAGUUCACCGUGUAGUUGAUAACGAGAUUUAACAGCGCUUGAAGCAGAUUGUACACCCCAAUUGCUGAAGAAUGGCCCUACCAAGGAAGGUAAUUAUCGAUCUGGAUGUCGGAACGGACGAUGCGUGGGCCCUUUGGAUGCUGCUGAAGUGUGAAAAGUCGUACGGAUACGAGGUGAUCGGUAUCACGUGCGUGAACGGCAACACAACAGUGAACAACGUGGUGGAAAACACACUCACCUUGCUGACCGCGAUGGGCCGUACAGAUGUGCCGGUAUUCCGGGGUGCUGAAGAACCACUGAUACUUCCGUCGGAAAAGAAAGAUGUCAGCAGCUUUCACGGCGUAAACGGGCUCGGUGACAUAGACUUUGGUAUUAAGGCCGAUCGGAAACCGCUUCAACAAGAGCACGCAGUUAGUGCAAUAACACGUCUGCUCCAACAACACAAAGGACAGGUCGAUUUGAUUUUUGUCGGUCCACUUACGAAUCUGGCACUCGCCAUGAAGCUUCAGCCGGGCCUGCUAAGCAUGGCUGGACAGCUGUACAUCAUGGGUGGCAAUCGGCAUGGCGUCGGAAAUAUAACGUGGUCAGCCGAGUUUAAUUUCCACACCGACCCGGAAGCUGCUCAAAUCGUACUUCAAAAGGAGUACUGUCCGGUUACGAUUGUGCCGUGGGAAACGUGCCAAAGACACGCGAUCCCCAUGCAGUGGCGUAUGGAAGUGUUGGGAGCAAACGAAGAACAACCCGUACUGCGCAUUCUGAAUGCAGUCGAGCAAAAGACGUACGCUCAGCGAACGCAUUGGAUGCCGUGCGAUGCGUAUCUGGUAGCUGCGUACGUGUUGCCGGGCUGUGUGGAGAAAGCACACCUGUACUCAGUGGAUGUGGAGCUGCACGGUGCACUAACCCGUGGACAGAUGAUACUGAACCACAAGCUGCAGGGAAAUGGCCACGUGCGUAUCGUUGACGAUAUCAAUGAGGUAGCGUUUAAAGAGCUUUGCUUCAAAACAGUUGCUUGAGUGGGGAAUGAAUUGGAUACACCGGUUGCUGUAUCAUCCCGAUGUGCCUUAUGAUGUAGCCUUAUACUCAAUGCUUUUAUUUGUAUCAGUUUCCCUUUACAUAGUGACUAUGUAGAUGAGAAUAAAAAUAUUAUUUUAAAAAGA